AUGAAGGCUGUGGCGGUGGAGGUGCGGCCGUUGCGCGGGCUCGAGGAGGCGGACGAGGCCGCGCGGGUGUGCAAGCGGGCGUUCAACCGCAUUCAGGAGCCCCAGUUCGGCCGGCUGGUGAGUUUUCCCGACGAGGCCCUGUCCUGCCGUGCCCACCGCUACUUCGCAUCUCUCGAGCGGACUUAUGCUGUUGUGGCUUGCAACACGGAGACGGGCGCGAUCAUCGGUUCCAACUACCUGGACCAGCGCGACGAGGUGGCAUCGGUCGGCCCGAUCAGUGUCGACCCCGACAUCAAUAUCCCUGGGGUCGGCCGCGCGCUCAUGCAAGCCGUCAUUGACGAGGGUGUGAAGAACGGCCACAAGUCGAUCCGGCUCCAGCAAGAGGCCUACAACCUGAUCUCGUUCUCGCUCUAUGCCAAGCUCGGCUUCGAGCCCAAGGACCAGGUGAGCUUCAUCAUGGGCCGGUGCGUCGAGGACUGGCCGGAGCCCAAGCUCAAGCUUGUCAUUCGCCCCAUGACCGCCGACGACCUCCCCGCCUGCGCCGCACUGCACAAGCGCAUCGUUGGGGUGGACCGCAGCGUGGAGCUGCAAGCGAGUCUUUCGCCCCAGUGGGCAGUGGGGCACAACGCCCCGCUGGUGGCCGUUUGUAGUGACGUUGGUGACAGCGGCAACGGCCGCAUCGUAGGUUACGACACGAGCGCCACGAGCCUGGGCCACGGCGUGGCUGAGUGCGACGAGGUGCUGGCGCGUCUGCACUUUGCCCUGACGCAGCAGGUGCCGCCGGAGCGCCGCGACGACGACGUCAUCCUGCGGGUCAUCGGGCGGCAGAGCCCGUCGCUGAUGCGAGGCAAUGCCACCUUGUGA